CAACGACAAAAAGCACUAAAUUAAGGUACCGUUGGAUAAAUUGAUAUGCAACCUUUCCCCUUCAAGACAAGUGUUACACUUUCAUCGCCGCCCGCCGAAGCCGUCAACCCACUUUAUCUUACCUUGAUACGUCGCUUCUUCUAAAACGUCAACUCUACAACAAGUGCUCAACUUUCUUUUUUUUUUUUUUCUAAAGCUUGUAACUGUUGAUCGCCUUCACUCGCUGGCGAUUGAUUCACUGUCGUCGAUAAGAUUGUUAGACUCACAGCCUCGCAUCUACUAUCGCAUCGACCGCUGCUUGGGCGCUCUCGAAUUACAAUGAAGUCUGCUAGCAGGCUAUUUUACCUCUCCGUGUUUGCUCUAUGGGCUGCACCGGGUUCUUGCGAGAGUUCAAACGAUGAAUGCCAUAUCUCACCAAAGUCCAUCGUUGGCGACGCCUGCGCUUCCUAUUCCACCCUCGACAAACUGAACCUCCACACCAAACCCGCCAUCGACGAUCUCACCCAAAACACCGACUUUUUCUCCCACUACCGAGUUAACCUCUUCCACAAGAAAUGUCCCUUCUGGGAUGACGAGAAUGGCAUGUGCGGCAACAUCGGCUGCGCCGUUGAAACUCUAGACAACGAAGAGGACAUCCCCGAGAUCUGGCGCGCCCACGCCCUAGGCAAACUCGAAGGCCCUCGUGCUAAGCACCCCGGCAAAAAAGCCCAGCGCCAGCACCCCCAGCGACCCCUCGGUGGUCUUUUGGGCGAAAACGUCGGCGAGAGCUGUGUCUUUGAGUACGAUGACGAAUGCGACGAGCGAGACUACUGUGUUCCCGAGGACGAGAGCGCUAGCUCAAAGGGCGAUUACGUGAGCUUGGUCCGAAACCCUGAACGAUUCACUGGAUACGCUGGCGACGGCGCAAAGCAGGUCUGGGACGCCGUCUACCGAGAGAACUGCUUCCAGAAGAGUUCGUUCCCCAAAUCUGCCGAUCUCGGUCAGUCUGGAUGGCAGCACGGUCCUGCUGCUCAAGACUUUAAACAGAUCCUUGACGCGGCUGGUCGCCAGGCCCAGCUUGAGGAGCGGCGCCAGGAGAACCCCAACACACCGUUUGUCGCAAACACUGGCUUCGAGGUGGAGGAUGAGUGUCUCGAGAAGCGUGUGUUUUACCGUGUCAUGUCGGGAAUGCACGCCAGCAUUAGCACCCAUCUGUGCUGGGAUUUUCUCAAUCAGACUACCGGACAAUGGUCGCCCAACCUGAGCUGCUACGAACACCGUCUGCACAAGUUCCCCGACCGUAUUGGAAACGUCUACUUUAACUACGCCCUCAUGACCCGCGCCAUCGCCAAGCUUAGCCCCUACCUCCAGAAGGAAGAGUACAAGUUUUGUCUGGGAGAUCCUUCUGAAGACGCUGCCACCCGCGCAAAGGUCCUCGAAGUCACCGAGAAAGCAGCCAGUGUUCCCCAAAUCUUUGACGAGAGUCUCAUGUUUGUUAACGGCGAGGGCCCGUCUUUGAAGGAGGACUUCCGCAACCGCUUCCGCAACGUCAGUCGUCUUAUGGACUGCGUUGGCUGCGACAAGUGCCGUCUCUGGGGCAAGCUUCAAACCGCUGGUUACGGAACAGCUCUCAAGAUUCUUUUCGAGCUGGACAACAACAACGAGGAUGUCCCUCAUCUCCAGCGCACUGAGAUUGUCGCUCUCUUUAACACGUACGCUCGCAUCAGCAGCUCUCUCCACAACAUUGGCGAGUUCCGUAAAAUGAUGGAAGCAAAGGUUGAGAACGAAAAGGUCGCAAAAGAGUUCGAUGAGGCCACUGAAAAGGGCAGACUGCGCGCAAAGCUUGAGGCCGAGGCUGCGGAGAAUGAUCAGAUUGACGAUGCCAUGAGGGAGUUUAUCGAGCUACGUGCCAAGGGCCCCGAGGAGGAGUCCAUGAUGGGUCACCUCGAGCAUGAAUUCGCUCAGUUCAAGGCUGUUUUGCGCAUUAUUCUCAACGGCUGGAUGCGCACUCCCAAAACACUAUGGGCCAUUUUUAAAUACGAAACUUGGCGUCUUUUCCGCCUCUGGGUCGGUCUUCCUGUUGGUCCACGAGUGUGGACGUUUGGACUGCCCAACGUUGACCUGGGCAAGGAUGAGCUGUAAAGGUGUACAAAUGCGAUUGCUUUGUUUGACUGUUAUAUGAUGAUUACAACAAAUUGGAGAGGCAUCAAUUGGCGUUUGCAGGCAUUUCUUUGGCGUUUUUAAGGGUGGUAUUUUAGCAUAAUUGUUUAUGCAUUA